AUGUCCUUGGUAUCAGGAGCUGCCCUAUAUAAAAAGAAGUCAGGUUUGCUAACCAUAUAUGAAGAUAGGUCUCCAGCCAUAUUACUUUGGAAAGCUGCUGAUAAUGCCCUUCCGAUACCUCCAGUUGAAAUUGUGCUUACCACAAUCACAAAUAUGCAAGCUACUCCUGCCUCGUCUCCAAAAAUGAUGUUGAAGAUAUUCACUAAACCAUCUGAAGGUGCUGAGCCAGUUGUUUACAUAUUUUCCUUUACAAACAGAAUUGUGAUGGAUAAUGUUAAAGAGGCACUACAACAGAUUGGAGCAAGACACAAAUCAGCUCUACAAGCAGCACAAUCUGCAAAUUCCUCACCAGCUCCAGAGAAGCCUUUAAUCAAUACCACAUUUUUAGAUGAUGCAUUAGAUUCUAAGAAGUUGCUAAGGAACCACCAACUUCAACAAAAACUAUUAUUGGAAAAUAAGCCAUUGAUGUCUACUUUCAAAGAAGCUGUGAUGAACCAAGGUUUAGAUCCUGAAGAAUUUUGGACUACAAGAGUUCAUUUAUUAAGAGCAUUUGCAUUGUCUCAUUCUCAAAAGAUAGGGCCAUAUAAUGUUUUGAGUACUAUCAAGCCUACUGCUACAAGUGAUAAUCAAGUUAAUGUGAAUGUGAGCCGGGACAAGAUCCAUGCUAUUUUUGAACAAUACCCUGUGGUGAGAAAAGCUUAUGAUGAUAAUGUGCCGAGAUUGUCAGAAGGUGAGUUUUGGUCAAGAUUUUUUGCUUCAAAACUAUUUAGAAAAUUAAGAGGUGAAAAGAUAAAUCCAAAUGCAAGGGGUGAUUUACUUUUGGAUAAAUAUAUCAAUAUGGAUAUAGAUUAUGAAAAACAUGAAGAUGAAACACUUAAUCAUAAAGUGAACAAAACUAUAGAUUUGGAAGGUAAUCAAGAAGAUGAUUCAACCAAACUUGGGAACGCCCCAGAUAUGACUAUGAAAGCUAAUGCAAUGCCAGAAACUGUUAGUGUUCUAAGGAGUAUGAAUAGAUUAAGUCAAAAGAUGGUUAAUAGCUUGGAACAUGAAUAUUCAAGAUCUGCUACACCAGGAGAAAAUGAGAAAUCUAAGGAAGAGAGGGAAAAUGAACGUAUCAGAGACGAAUUACUCUUCCAUGACUUGGAAGUUCCACAUAAUACUGAAUAUUCAGAAAUAUCAGUGAGACAAGACCGUGAAACGCACGAAAUUAAUAGACCCAAACCUCCAACAAGACAAGAAUAUGCGCAAUAUGUUGAUGAGCUCAAGACUCAAUUUGAACAACCAGCUGAUCUGGAAACAAUUUUCAGCAAUGAUAGAAAGAGACCAAUUGAAGAAGCCUCAGCAGAUGUUAUCAAUACUGUGAGAAUAAACUCUAAACAAUCAAAGCAAAGUUGGCAAGUCUAUAGGUCAUUUGAAGAGCAAGCAGCGCAUAGUGUUGUUGAUGAAGCUGAUGAGACGUUUGAUAAGAAUGCCUUGGAACAACUGAGAAUAACACAUGGUACUUCAGUUGAAUUUUUAAGACAUUUUUGGUUACACUUUUCCUCUGGUGAUCCAUCUCAGGCGACUAAUAUUAAGACAUUGUAUAACAGUCUGGUCAAAUCACAAGAUAGAGUCAAAGCUGCACUUGAGUCAAUCAAAGAUGAAAAAGUCAAGGAACAGUCAUCACAUUAUAUGAAACCAUUAAACGAAUCUUUGACUGCUGCCAUAGCAAAAUAUCAAAAUGCACUAAAAGAAGCUGGUGUGACAAUUACGAGCGCAUAA